AUGCAAUCCUGCAUCAAAUCUUUGAUUCAGAAAAUUAAUGCUUCCCUCUCCCAGAUUCCGUCGAAAUCCGAGAAAAUAAAAUUUUCAAAAUCUGGUUUACCGCUAAUUAACAUCUAUAAAUUGGUGCAGUCAUGUGCACUCGACAUUAUUGGUGAAACAUCUUUUGGCAGUUCUUUUAACAUUGUCGAAAAUGACGACCAUCCGUUACCGAGGAAGGCUUACGAAGAUUUAAGGAGACGGGUGUUGCGUCUCUGCUUUCCUUACUUUAAGUUUUUAUUUAAAAAAGAUCCUUAUGCCUAUGAGUUCAUCAAGGAAAUCAUAAGACAACGAAUAUCUUUAAACGCAAAGGGUGAACGUCGUAGCGACAUUUUGCAAAUUGUGAUUGAUCACUACAGCGAUUCAUCCACCAAGGAUACACAAUCGAUGACCGAACCCGAAAUGAUCGAACAACUACUAGAAUUCAUUUUCGCUGGCAGUGAUACGAGUACUUUUACCAUCAGCAUGGUAUUGAUUACAUUGUUGCAACAUCCAGAAAAAUUAGAAUGUCUGCGAGCGGAACUAGACUCGGCAUUCAAAGUUUCACGAAAUAAUGCACCUCGGGUCAACACUGACAAAACCUCGGAUGACACGCCAGAUCCAUUAUUCCCUGAUCAUGAUACUCUGAAGUCUCUCAAAUAUUUAAACGCCGUAAUCGACGAAACCUUGCGUUUAUUCCCUCCGGCGACCUCUGGUCUUUUUCGUCAAACCGUGGACAAGGAGACUCUCAUCUCUGGCUAUGUUAUCCCGGAGAAAACUAUCGUGUGUGCAUCAUUAUACUAUUUUCAGCGAUCAAAAGAGAUUUGGGGUGCGGAUGCUGACGAGUUUGUGCCGGAACGAUGGUUGAAUUCGGAAAAACCGUUAUCGCCGCAGAGCGACGCUUCGUCCACGACGGAUAAGACGAAGUCGUGGAACAUUGAAUCCGCAAGAACAAAUGCCUAUUAUCCAUUUGGUGGCGGUUCAAGAAUUUGCAUCGGAUAUAAUUUCGCGUUGAUGGAGAUUCGAUUAAUGCUCAGCGCGUUGAUAAUGAAUUUUGAGUUCGAGGUGGUUGAGGGUCAGGAUUUGCAGAUGGUUCAAUUAGUGGUGCCCUCUUUAAGGAGUAAGAAAUAUGAUGUUGGAGUGCAAAGGAGAAUUUUGAAGGAAGAAUUAAGAUAG